AUGGAGAGACUAGGACAAAUGCUCGCAGGUUCCCUUCAAUUGAAAAGUAUAUUAGGGACCGGCUCCUACGGCGUGGUGUACUUGGCUACCGAUGUCAAUACUGGUACGCGCCAUGCUGUCAAGUGUCUCAAUAAAUUCCAUGCCGAUGGGUCUCGUCUAGAUGCUUCGCAGCUCUUAAACUAUCACCAAGAGAUUCAACUUCACCACCAAGCCUCCGCACAUCCCAACGUUGUGGAUAUACACAAGUUUCUAGACAGACCUGAGGGCAUUUAUGUUGUCAUUGAAUAUUGUGAAGAGGGAGAUCUAUUCCUAAAUAUAACACAACGCGGCCUGUACGUUGGCAACGAUACGCUGUCUAAAAAUAUUUUCCUUCAAAUCAUUGAUGCUCUGGAAUACUGUCAUAAAUGCAACAUCUACCAUCAGGACCUUAAGCCGGAAAAUAUCCUAGUUUUCAACCACGGACAAACAGUCAAAUUGGCAGACUUUGGCUUUGCCACAACUAAUGCAACAUCUGAAAACAGUACCCGUGGGUCUAUGGCCUACAUGAGCCCUGCAGAGUGUCUGGAUUCUGGAACAAGGGAGCUACACCAUCAUAUGUGCGGGCCCAGCGACAUCUGGAGCUUGGGAAUAAUCCUGGUCAACCUGACGUGCGGACUCAGCCCAUGGGGACAGGCAUCUGUUGAAGACUUGAACUAUCGGGCAUACACCGCAAAUCACAACCUCCUUACGUCGAUCCUCCCAUUGUCUGAUGAUCUUAACAAUGUCUUGAGGUGGAUCUUCAACCCUAACCCGAGAUAUAGGAUAACCCUGCUUGAGCUCCGAGACAGGAUCAUGACUUGCCCCAGCUUCACCAAGCCAAAAGAAAAGUAUGGUAGAGCUCUGCUAGAUGCAUAA